AUGAGGGAAAGAAACCAGUCUUCUACCAUGGAGUUCAUCCUCUUGGGAGUCACCGGUCAGCAGGAACAGGAGGAUUUCUUCUUCAUCCUCUUCCUGUUCAUUUACCCCAUCACAGUCGUGGGAAACUUGCUCAUCAUCCUCGCUAUUCUCUCUGACAGUCACCUCCACAACCCCAUGUAUUUCCUCCUGGCCAACCUCUCCCUUGUUGACAUCUUCUUCUCCUCUGUAACCAUCCCUAAGAUGCUGGCCAAUCAUCUCCUGGACAGCAAAGCCAUCUCCUUUGGGGGAUGCCUGACACAGAUGUAUUUCAUGAUAGCCUUGGGUAACACAGACAGCUACAUGCUGGCAGCAAUGGCAUAUGACCGAGCCAUGGCCAUCAGCCGCCCUCUUCAUUAUACAACCAUCAUGAGUCCAAGGUCUUGCAUCCUGCUGGUGGUUGCAUCCUGGGUGAUUGGAAACGCCAAUGCCCUUCCUCACACUCUGCUCACAGCUGGUCUGUCCUUCUGUGGCAGCAAGGAAGUGGCCAACUUCUACUGUGACAUUUCCCCCUUGCUCAAGCUGUCCUGUUCUGACAUACACUUGAACGUGAAGAUGAUGUACCUAGGGGUUGCUGUUUUCUCUGUGCCAUUACUGUGCAUCGUUGUCUCCUAUGUUCGUGUCUUUUCCACGGUCCUCCGUGUUCCAUCCACGAAGGGUGUACGCAAAGCCUUCUCCACCUGUGGGUCUCACCUCACAGUUGUUUCCUUGUACUAUGGGACAGUCAUGGGCAUGUAUUUCCGACCUCUGACGAGUUACAGCCUAAAGGAUGCUGUGAUAACUGUGAUGUAUAUGGCAGUGACCCCGAUGUUAAAUCCUUUCAUCUACAGUCUGAGAAACCAAGACAUGAAGGCUGCUCUGAAAAAACUCUUUCACAAGACAACAUUCAGCCUUUGA